AUGAAGCCCGAUGAGCGACAUACACUGGAUGACGAGGCCCAAUUGCAGGCUCUCGGCCACAAGGGUGAGCUGAAGCGCAACUUCAGUCUACUGUCUAUGCUUGGGCUUGCUUUCGCCAUCUUGAACUCGUGGACGGCGCUUUCAUCGUCAAUCGGACUAGCUCUGCCUUCCGGUGGCUCAACCAGCGUCAUAUGGGGACUCGUCACAGCCGGUAUAUGCAACUUGUGUCUGGCCGCGUCCCUGGCCGAAUUUCUAUCGGCAUAUCCCACUGCUGGUGGACAAUAUCAUUGGGUUGCCGUCAUUACCCCGCGGAAAUGGGUUCCACUCGCGUCUUUUAUCACUGGGUGGAUCAAUGUAUCCGGAUGGCUUGCACUGACUACUUCCGGAGGUUUACUAGCGUCUCAACUCAUCUCUGGCCUAAUCGCGUUGUACCAUCCCAACUUCACGCUGCAUCCAUGGCAGGUCUGGCUGAUUUAUGUCGCUUGGACGAUCAUCGCCUUCAUCAUCAACGCCUUUAUGAACAACCUUCUGCCUUACGUCAAUCGUGGCGCUUUCAUCUGGUCAAUCGGCGGCUUUGCGAUUGUCUGCAUUACCGUCCUAGCUUGCUCAUCCCCGGAAUACGCGUCUGCAGAAUUCGUCUUCACCGAAUUUAUCAAUGAGACGGGCUGGCCGGACGGUAUUGCUUGGCUUCUGGGCUUGCUCCAAGGUGGUUUUGGGCUUACCGGUUACGAUGCAGUCGCACAUAUGAUCGAGGAGAUUCCGAAUGCUGCGGUUGAGGGGCCAAAGAUCAUGAUCUACUGCGUCUGUAUUGGAACAGUAACUGGCUUCAUCUUCCUCAUGGUCUUGCUAUUUGUCUCCGGUGGCGACGCAGAGUCCAUCAUCUCAGCAGCGCCAGGCCCCUUGUUACAGAUCUUGUAUAAUGCUACAAGCAGCCGAGCUGGAGCAGCAUGUCUACUAAUGUUCCCAUUGGUUUGCAUUCUCUUCGCAGAGACUGCCAUCAUGACCACCUCUAGUCGCAUGACAUACGCAUUCGCUCGGGAUGGCGGCCUUCCAUUUUCCAAGUUUUUCGCAAAGGUGCACCCACGCCUAGGUCAGCCGCUCAACGCCCUAAUUCUGGCUGCGACUUUGACUAUUCUCUUUGGAUUGAUCUUAAUCGGAUCGAGCAGCGCUUUCAACGCUCUUAUCUCAGCAUCAGUUGUUGCCUUGGGUGUGAGUUAUGCGAUACCCGUUAUGAUCAAUGUCUGCCGUGGUAGGAAGAUGCUCGGACCCAGAGCCUUUGUUUUGCCUGGACCUUUCGGCUGGAUUGCGAACUUGAUUGGUAUCGCAUACACUAUUGUCACUACUGUUCUCUUCUUGUUCCCGCCUGAAUUGCCCGUCUCAGCUUCGAGCAUGAACUACUGCGUCGUCGCCUUUGGUAUAAUCCUGUUCAUUAGCACCUUCCAAUGGUUCGUAGAUGGACGCAAGAAUUUUACUGGCCCUCGAGCAGAUGUGGGCCUCGAAGUCUUGGAAGCCAUGAAAAGCCAUGAGCCAACCGACGCUACUGCUCAACAUUCCAAGGCUGUCGAUGGGGGGAAAGACUUACAUGAGAUGGAGAGGUAG